AAAGCACUGACCAAAGUGAGGACGUGGGUGUUGGACAGGCGGGCCUUUCAAAUGAUUAUGAUGAAGACCGGCAAAGAUAAAAAUCAACAAUAUAGACAGUUUCUACAAAGUGUACCAUUGCUUCAGAAUCUGAACGAAGAGCUGAUCGGACGGAUCGCCGACGCUAUAGAAGUGGAUUACUACCCGGCGGGUGACUACAUCUGCCGACAGGGCUGUUCGGGCGACUCAUUCUACAUUAUCUCUUCGGGUUCAGUGAAAGUAACGCAACACAACUUUGUGGGCGAAGAGACCCUCCGGACCCUUAAGACUGGCGACUAUUUCGGCGAACAGGCAUUACUGGUCACAAGCAGUUCAGCUCUGCGGACAGCCAACGUUGUGUCCCUGGACUGCGAGUGUCUAGUGUUGGACAGAACUAACUUUCACUCACUUAUUGGCGAUCUCAACGAACUCAAGUGAGAGACACCACUAUUACUACUUAAACACACCAUCAUUGCCAUCAUUACUACUUUU